AUGUCUAUUACAACUUGCCAGAAGGUUACUCUUAUAUCAUGCUCUGUUCUCUGUGUUUCUCUCUUCCUGCCCAGAAUGCUUUUACCCAGAGGGAAAAAGGAGAUGGGUCGCCCGGAGGUUGGACCUGGGUUCUACCCUUCUGUGAUGCACCAGCUGUCAUUGCCAGAGGACCCAGAACUGUGGGGUGUGGACCCUUCAUACUCCAUGACACACAUUGCUGAGGCCAUGGCCAAAGUGAAAGGCAUCGGACCAGGCAAAAAAUACAAUAUGAUGGCUCAAGUGAUACCCAUAUAUGGCUUUGGGAUACUUCUUUACAUCUUCUAUAUCAUUUCUAAGGUAGUUACUAUGACUGACCUGCUUGUACCCGAUUAUGAGCUUGUCAGGCUUCAGGAGAAGCUUCUGCGAACAGAAAAGAUGAUGGAGAGAAUUGUCUCUGGAAAGAGUCGAGGUUCUGGGAGUGGCAGAAGGAGGAAGAGUAAAGGUUCUAUAUCAAAGAAGGAGGAGAAAUUACUCAAGCAACUUAGACAGAUCACACUGCUGAUCCAAGAGGGCCGGUUGGAGGCAGCUUCCCCUGAGAUGGAGGCUGAGGAGGUCCCCUACUGUGUCGACUGGGAAGGCUACCCAGAGGAGACCUACCCAGAGUAUGAUGAGCCCUGUAAAAGACGAGGAUUUGACAUCUUUACACUGGAGGAACCCCCCCACCAGCCCACUGCCGAGGCCCUGGCAGAGAGGAUGGAGCAAGAGGAGGAAGAGAUCUUGGCAAGGAAACUAUCUAUAGUGGAAGAGGUAGAUGAAGAUGUAGAGGAAGAGGUGGAGGACGAUGAUGAUAAGGAGGAAGAAGUAGAGGAAGAGAUAGAGGAGGAGGAAGAGAUAGAAGAAGAGAUGGAAGAGGAGGAGGAGGAGGAGGAGGAAGAGGAGGAGGAAGAGGAGGAGGAAGAGAAAGCAGAAAGAAGGCAGCUGCUCAGUCUUCCUGCAGAUAGAAAGCAGGAGAGACUUGGUCUGGAGUUGAGCGAAGAGCUACAGUGUCUCAAUGGAGGGAAGAAGCAAAUUAGCUUUAGCGACCACAACGAUGUGUUCCACUACCCUAAAGAGGAGGAGGAGGAGGAGGACGCGGAUGAAGAUGAUCCAGUGAUGGAGGCAGAGAGCCUGCAGUUCAACGAUGAUGUUGAAUGCUUGUUACAAUCACCAUAUGGCAAAAAAAGCCAGACAUUGUCACAGUUUCAGGUUGCUGUUUUUCUGUACACGACAGGAUGA